ACCCAAAGAUCGGUUGAGACGAUUUUGUGUCAUGGAUGGCACCGACAUGACCGUCAUGACCGAUGAACAACUCCUUCAGACCUGCGCGCGCUUGGAAAGCCGGGGUCAGAUGCAGCUUACGUUGCUAUCAAAUUUGGAGGAGGAGAGAAGUGCCCUUCAAACCCAACGAGAACUGUUGCAGAGACGUAUCUUUGAGGUGCAGCAGGAAGCCAGAACUGCAGCCAUGGCACGUCCUGACAGAUUUCAGCCCAAUGUCCCCACUUUGAGGGCGCCUGAGAGGCUACAGUUGAAGCUGCACGACGCAGCAAUUGAGCUGACUUGGUUCUGGCAGCCUUGGCAGCCAGGGCAGCCCACAUGGCCCUUGAGAUCUGUGCGAUUCGAGGUUCAACAACUCUCAGAUGGAGUCGGGGGCCGCCUACGGGUUCGCACCUUUCAGUGUGAGGCCAGCAGCCAGGUGGAGCAGCGAUGUUUGAUCGACUCCUGGACCCGCGGCAAGGCCUAUGCUUUCCAAGCCAGGGCCUGUGCAGAGGUAGGGGAUGCUUCGGAGCCAAAGGAGCUUUGGACAUCGAUCUCUUCAGUAUUUUCUGAGCCAGUAACCUUGCCAGCUGAGUCUCCAGGGUUGAACAGCAGGGAUUCCUUGGUGGUUUCCAGCCCGCCUGGGGAGAUGCGGGCUGAAGCUUAUGCAUCGCAUACAUUUCACAAGGCUGAACAGCAGACAGUUUCCCCACAAUUCAGCCCAGCAGCUGCAACUGCCACAGCCAAAGCCCAAGAAGAGGCCUGUCGCAGAGAAGCGGCAGAGAUGGCUUUGGAAAAGAUCAAGGCAGAAUUGGAUGAGGAACGACGGUCCUACCACGAACUCCUUGCUCAGCCAACAGCCAAAGCCCAAGAAGAGGCCUGUCGCAGAGAAGCGGCAGAGAUGGCUUUGGAAAAGAUCAAGGCAGAAUUGGAUGAGGAACGACGGUCCUACCACGAACUCCUUGCUCAGCCAACAGCCAAAGCCCAAGAAGAGGCCUGUCGCAGAGAAGCGGCAGAGAUGGCUUUGGAAAAGAUCAAGGCAGAAUUGGAUGAGGAACGACGGUCCUACCACGAACUCCUUGCUCAGCCAACAGCCAAAGCCCAAGAAGAGGCUUGUCGCAGAGAAGUGGCAGAGAUGGCUUUGGAAAAGAUCAAGGCAGAAUUGGAUGAGGAACGACGGUCCUACCACGAACUCCUUGCUCAGCCAACAGCCAAAGCCCAAGAAGAGGCCUGUCGCAGAGAAGCGGCAGAGAUGGCUUUGGAAAAGAUCAAGGCAGAAUUGGAUGAGGAACGACGGUCCUACCAUGAACUGUGGGUGCGGCAUGAGGAGCAAGGCGGUGAGAUUUUUGUUUUGAAGGAGGAAGUGCAGCAAUGGAGAGCAGAGCUCAAGGAAGCCAAGAAUAUGGAUUCCCAGCACACCGGUGAAUUCGAUGAGUGGAAACAGAAGGCACAGUUGGAGCAGGAGGAGUUACGCCGCCGUCUUCAGAACAGUGAGGAGACCAUCCGCAGAGCUGCGGAAAAGGAAGCAGAACAAGCUAAGCUGUUGGAGACGAAUGGUCGUUUGCGCAUAGAGCUGGAGCGCUGGAAGUCUGAAGAGCAGCAGUGCAGGGAGCAACUGGAGAAGAUCAAGAUGGAAAAGGAAGUCGCAGAUCGCACCAUCCAUUCUCUCCAAGAAUCCAACCAGGAACGGUUCCAAGAACUUCAGCGGCUGGAACGUCCACCCAUUAGCUCGCCCGCCUUCAGCCGGGCAGAGCCACAGCUCCCGCGGCAAUCCGAAGGGCACCAAAUGGUUUCCCUUCAAACAGCUCACCUCCUUCCCGCCAACCCAGCACACCCAAGGGAUCCAAGGACCGCAGGGGAGAUGUUCGGCUCUGCUCCUGAUGCUUUGGGGCCCACAGUUGUACAACUUCCACGGCAUCAUCUUGGGGCGGUGCAUGACAUGUCCAGGAUAGAGCGUCCGGCUGGUCCACAAGUUGCUCCACUUCCAGCUAGUCAACUUCCAGUUGCUCAUUUCAGUCAACCAGUUGGACCAGUUGGACCAGCUGGACCAGUUGGUCAACUUCCACAUCUUCCUGUUGGUCACUUGACGGUCAUCUUAAAUUCGUUGUUUCCUCCCAAUUUGGGCGAUGAUCCCACACUCCUAGACGGAAUGCCUCACCUAGCGCAUGUUUCAUACCGAUUCUUUGACUUUGGGGCGGCAGUUUGGGGGUAUCUACUUCUUGCGGGACAAAGAUUAAUUAUAUCAUGCAGGGAGGUGCCUCCACCACCAACAUGCCAGAAGUUUUGUCCAACAUUUACAUACAUUUAUAUACUAUGGAAACACCCAUUUUUGAAAUCAUUUGAAGUAUUUGAUGGAUUUUGA